AUGUUCUCCUGUUUUGUUUGGCUCUCCCUCCCCUACUUCGUGAACACCUUCCCGACCUCAGGAAAGUUCCCCCUCAACAGAAGUCUUGAGGAGAUGUUGGAAAUCCCAAACAUCUCGGGGUUCUUUCCAUGGGAUAACGACACGCUGGCCGACUGGCAGAGCUUUGUGGGCAGGAGCCGGCACGGAGCAGACUCACAGCAUGUGGCGGCCAAAGCUCUGCUCAUCGCGGCGUAUUCCAUCAUCAUCAUCUUCUCCCUCUUCGGCAACGUCCUGGUCUGCCACGUCAUCAUCAAGAGCAAAUGCCUGCGUUCCGCCACCAGUCUGUUCAUCGUCAACCUGGCCGUGGCUGACAUCAUGAUCACGCUUCUCAACACGCCUUUUACACUGGCUCGUUUUGUGAACAGCACGUGGAUAUUUGGGAAGGGGAUGUGCCAUGUCAGUAGGUUCGCGCAGUACUGCUCGCUCCACGUUUCUGCUCUGACCCUCACAGCCAUUGCCGUGGACAGGCACCAGGUCAUAAUGCACCCUCUGAAACCUCGCUUACCUAUGGCAAAAGGCAUUAUCUACGUCUCUGUAAUUUGGGUCAUGGCAGCUUGUUUUUCCCUCCCACAUGCUAUCUACCAAAAACUCUUUACUUUUGAAUACAGUGAGGAAGUCACUCGGUGCCUGUGCAUCCCAGAUUUCCCCGAGCCAGCUGACCUCUUCUGGAAGUACCUCGACUUAACGACCUUCGUUUUGCUCUACGUCCUGCCCCUGCUGAUCAUCUCCGCUGCCUACACGACAGUGGCCAAGAAGCUUUGGCUGCGCAAUGUCAUUGGGGAUGUCACCACCGAGCAGUACUUCGCCCUUCGCAAAAAGAAUAAGAAGACUAUAAAGAUGCUGAUGCUCGUUGUCAUCCUCUUUGCCAUCUGCUGGUUUCCCUUAAAUUGCUACGUCGUCCUGCUCUCCAGCCAAACCAUCCACUCCAACAAUGCCCUUUACUUCGCCUUUCACUGGCUUGCAAUGAGCAGCACCUGCUACAACCCCUUCAUCUACUGCUGGCUUAAUGACAGCUUCCGGGCAGAACUGAAGGCUUUGCUCAACAUCUGCAGAAAACCUCCGAGCCUUGCAGAACAGAGGCUUCCCUCCACGGUCCCUUCCUACCGAGUGGCGUGGCCUGAAAACAGCCUCUUCAAGAGGCUGCAGGUCUCUCAUGUCCCUGCCUCAGCCUCCAUCAGCCACUUAGGAAAGAUGGACAUCUCUGCAGUUGAGCCCAUAGUAGCUGCGAGCUAAAUGGUGGCCCUGGGAGAUGGAUACAGACCACACGUAGGUUUGACUGGAUCUAGGCAAGUGGGAGGAUGUGGAACCCUGGCCUAAGCAGAGACUGUGCCAACUCCUGUGGUUGUACUGAAAAGCCCAGCUCCACAGCUGGUAGUGUGAAACUGAUGUUAAUGGCAUGGAGACUCCAAAGGGAAGAAAGCAAAGCCUUGCCAGGAAUGAGCUUGCUUUCUGUCUUGGUCAAGCUGACUUUGGGUCUGCUGGCAGGAGGGAUUCUCUGCAUGUGUCUCUGUUAUUUGCAUGACCGAGUCUGUACCACUGGGGCCAUUUGUGUGCUUUGCUGGUAUUUGAACACUCAAGCAGCAGUCUGACAUUAAGCCUUCAUCCUUUCAAUCUCUCAGUAGCAGCACACAGACAAGUAGAUAUACAGAGACAGAGGUUGCUGGUUUGAAUUUUUUUCUCCCAUUUGUGAAAAUAUCUUCAGAGAGGUGGAGGGAUUAUAAACAGCCAUUGGAAAUUAGAGCUGUCUUUUACAUCACAAGCACUCUUUCUAAGGUAGGGUUGAAGAAAAUGUGAUGGCUAUUUGUGUAAACAGAUUGGCAAACAACAACCUGUUAGCUCUGCAUCAGUUGCCAGCGCUAAAUCACACAGAACUGUACCUUCGUGAAACAGGCAUGAAUAUUCAUAAAGCUUUAAUUCAAAUAGAGACCUAAAGCCUGAGAACUUUAAACAUAUUGUCCAUGAUUGGAGCACUGAUGGUUAAUUUGAGUUGGGAUUGGGACCUGUUAAUCAGAGAAUCAUAGAGUGGUUUGUGUUGGAAGGAACCUUGAAAGGCCAUUGAGUCCAACUCCUCUGCAGUGAGGAGAAACACCUACAGCUUCAUCUGGUGCUCAGAGCCCCAUCCAGCCUGGAUGAGGUGCUUUUGUUCAGAGCAUCUCUAUGCUGUUACCAGGUGGUGACUGAAGAAUCCUGCAGUGUGACUUCUUACCUUAUUAGUGUUGCUCUCUUCCCCUGUAAAGCACCUGGGAAUUUCUCAGAUUAGACACGUGAGAUAUUUCAUCCAAGCUAAGAUGUUCCCACUGAUGAUCCCAACUGAGCUCACUGGAACCAGUUCAUAAAUAAACUUCUGUAAUGAUAUCUGUGAUAGCAAGUAACAAAAGAGGAAGAUUUUUGCAAGAUAUCCUCUUGUGAAUGAGCAAUUUUAGUGCAUUUAAAGAUUGGUGAGAUGUAAUGGACAGCCAUUAAGAAAUUGAUAUGACUGCAGCUCUCUGGUGUAGAGUGCGGAACUUAAUGUUCUUAGCAAAAAGAUAUUAGAAUCUGAACAAGACAAACAAAAGAGCAUUCAAAAAAACGUUGCCUUGUAUUGCACAGGGAAAUAGUCACUUUUCCUGUGCUGCAGCAAUUAGCCCUUGAUGUCACAUGGCAGUGCCUGUUCCAAGUUCAGUUUGUGAUGGCCAGCAGAGAAGUGAGAAAAAGCUUUGUUAUUAAUGACUAAAAGUGGAAAGAAAAAAAAAAAAGGAGAGAGAAAAAAAAUUUAUUCCCCAGUGUCCUCUAAUAAACAUAGACCUCUAAGAUCACCAUGUCCAACCACCAGCCCAUCCCACUGUGGCCACACACCACCUCCCUCAGUGCCACGUCUCCACGUUUCUUGAGCUCCUCCAGGGGCAGUAAAUCCCCACCUCCCUGGGCAGCCUGUGCCAGUGCCUCACCACACUUUCUGAGAAGAAAUUUUUCCCAUUCACUCCAUUAGUGCUCGCGACAAAAGGUCCCCAGCGUGCAGAGCCCUUCAGCCUCCCUUCACAUCCUGUGGCAGCAGUUUCAGAUAAAUAAAGCUUUGGGUAUCACUAAGUCUGGUGUUUGGCAGGGACAGGGGGACGUGUCAGUGGGCAUGGUGGGGAAGGGUUGGCAGUUGGACUAGAUGAUCUCAAAGGUCUUUUCCGUCAUUAAUGAUUCUAUGAUCCUUUGUCCUCUGGACUUGCUGAAGGUCCAGAGCUCCAUCUGAGGGAGCUUCUGCUGUGAGAGGAAUUGCAGGUUUAGUCUUGAUCAGAGCUG